AUGGCUCGAGGUCAUGAGCCGCAUGGAACUAGACUCUUAGAAUGUUUUUUUUUUUUUCUUUUCUUUUCCAAUUUCGUUCUUUCUUUCUUUAAAUUACUGGAUGAUUCUUUCAUUCGUUCCACCUCGCUUUUCUUUCUUCCUUUCUUCCUUUAUAUUUAUAUCAUGAGUUAUUUUUAUGCAACCUUUUUUUUUCUUUGUUUAUACCCAUUACUUGAUAAUUCAUUCAUUAAUACAAUUUUGUUUCUUUCUUGUAAUUUUUAUUUCAUUCUUUCUUUUUAUUAUAUUACUCGCUCGUUCUUCAUUUAUACAAUAUUAGUUUGUUUGUUUCUUGAUUUUCUUUCUUUCUUCUUCCUUUCUUUCUUCUUCCUUUCUUUCUUCUUCCUUUCUUUCUUCCGUCCUUCUUUCUUCUUUCUUUCUUUCUUUCUUUCUUUUUAUUACUUGUUACAACCUUUUUUGUUUUAUUUUCAUUCAUUUAUACUUCCUCUCUUUCUUUACAUUAAUUGCUCAUUCAUUAAUUUAUACAACCUUCGUUUGUUUAUUUCUUUAUGUUUUGCUUCAUUUAUUUAUUUUCUUUCUUUCUUUCUUUUCCUAAUUCAUUCAUUUAUACAACUUUCAUUUCGUUAUCUUUUCUUUCAUUCAUUUUUGUUCUUUUCAUUACUCGCCCAUUAA